ACGCUGCCAAUCUUGGACUUGCUAUAAAAAAGGUCCCUCCUCCUACCAAGCCCAGAGAGCCUUCUGUCAUAAGUGGCUACAAGGUUAUUUUUUCCUGAAGUGGUUUGACUUUGGUCUGGCUAAAUAAUUCUCCACCAUGAGACAUUCCAGUAACAGCCCCAAAGAGGCACCUUUUCCAGAAAAUGAAGAUCUUGAACUUCCAAUGCCUUUGGAGCAAUCCCCACAAGCUCUUGGGACAUCUAGGAGAGAAGAAAGCCACACCAGUCCCCCAACUUCACUGGUACCGCUGCAGGACCUACUCGGAGAACUUUGCUCCCUUAUGUUAGAGACGGAGAGCCCCGAUGAGCAACAUUGUAGUUCUCAGGAGAGAGAUGUACUAUGCCACACCAACCCACAGGAUGAAGUAUCUGUGUCACCCACUCAGCCCAAGGCUGCAGCACCCUCUGUCUCCUAUCAUGGCGGUGAUGCAGGCCCAAUGCUGUACCCUACAUCUGCUGGUCCAAGUAAUGCUACCUUCCUUGGACUCCAGAGUGCCCAAGCUUUACUCAGAAGUACACUUGAGUCUCUAGCUGAAUCAUCUCAGAUCUUGCAGCCAAAUGAAAGGAGAAACAGAUCAAACCUUUUGCUCCAAAACUUUAUCAUGGGGGUAAGAAGAAAAAAUGUGGCUGUGUGCAAGUCAUGCCACAAGCAAGUGAAGAUUGGCAGGGAAGAUGGCUUAGCGAAGUUGGGCGCAGCCCCACUGCUUGUACAUCUGUUGUUUUACCACCCAGUCAUUGUGUCGAAAAUACCCACGUUCCAAAAACGAAUUGCAUGGGCAGCUGCACAGUUGCAAACUGCUGAUGAGGCAUCAGUAGGGGAAAGAGCCCAUUGGGGUCCCACACACCCAAUGGUGGCACUGUUAAACACUGAAUGUACCUUGAUGCUAGUAGAUGGAAUGUUUGCAUGCAAGGUAGUGGAUAAACUUUGUUUCCGGACCUACGUAUCUUUGUUGGUCCCGAAGUGGAAGAUGCCUCAAGAGAGGUUCUUCUCCAAGCAAGCUAUGCCAGCCUUGGAUAAACACAUCGGUGAUGCAAUUAAUCGAGAGCUGAGCAAGUCACCCUGCCCAGUGGUCCAUUUCACCAUUGAUGGCUGGGCCUCUGGGCCAACCACAGGCUACAUAUUUUUAAUAGCACACUGGGUCGCAGAUAAUGAUGGGGUUCUGUGCAGGCACCAGGCAGCAUUGGCUAUACGUGACAUGAAACAGAGCAACUUCACAGAAGUAAUAUCCAGCAACCUAAUAACAGUGAGGGCCAACUGGCUCCAUCGACUACGGCUGGAAAUAGGUUAUGUGGUUGCAGACAAUAGCACAAUAACUAAGGAGGUGAAAGACUCUUGCCUGGGACAUGUUCCUCCCCUUGACCACUGCUUGAAUGUACUGUUGCGAGUAGUGAUGGCCAAGGUGGCAGUGGAAGAUACUGCCAUCGCAAAGCUUUUGCAUACCCUGCGGGAUAUCUGCAGGCACUUCCAACAAUCCCAGACAGCCACCUGCCUCCUUUGUGAACUGCAUUCCAAGCAUGAUCUCCCCCAUGAAAAGCUGUUGCAAGAGUUACCAACAACAUGGCAAGCCAUCCUUCGUAUGCUGCAAUGUCUUCUUGCCCAAGAACGUGUUUUCCGUCCUUUUCUAAAGGAACACACUGACCUCAGGCUCACAGCUGCAGAUUGGAAGCUGAUGCACCAUCUAACCCAUCUCUUGAAGCCAUUUGAUGAUACUAUCACUAUGGUUAGGAAGAAAACUGCUAAUCUAGGCCAAAUCCUUCAUCAGCUCUACUUGCUUGGAAGUGGGAUAAAAGGAUGUCUCCAGCAGCUGCAGCGACUGAAAGAUGCUGCUGCUGAUGCUGCUGUCCCCUUUGCCUCUGAGCUGAUGCAGUCUCUGGAAAACAGCAAGCACCUGCGACUCAUAAGGGAGAAUACUCUGUACCAGAAUGCAACCUUCCUCCAUCCGCAGUUCAGGGAGUGUGUGUUUAUAUAUCCAAAGGAAGAUGUGGAGCGGGGAAGGGAGUGUGUGAGGGAGAGGAUGAUACUGCUGACUAAAGAGGAAUACUUGAGAAAGUUGUCUAGUGGUCAUGCAACAUCCUCUUCGCCUCGUAGAACAGACCCAUCUAAAGCAACUGAGGUGGCAAGAAAAGAACUGGAAUCCUACCUGCAGGACGAGAUAGACCCUACCCAGUUGAACUUGGAUCCCUUGGUCUACUGGAACGCCAAGCGGCACACCUGGCCCUCCCUCUCUGUAGUGGCACUCCAGUAUUUCUCCUGUCCUCCCACCACUGUGUACUCGGAGAUGGUUUUUAAUAUUUCAAGUUGUAUCCAAUCAGACAAGUUGGAGCGGGACAAUUCUGCACUCAUCAGCGUGAACAGAGACUGGAGAUCUGCGGAAUUCAGGGUCCCCCCUGCGACUGCUGAGACGAUGGGCGCCCAUCCAUCUACAGAGGGGAAGGAAAUGGAGUCCCUUUUAGCAAGAGUGGCUGACUGAGAAUCCUUCCAGAGAACUGAGUUUUGAGUGCUUGGAGGUGCAUGGAGUGAUAGGACCUUGUGGUUAUUUGGAGUCCGCAACAAGUAGCUGUAACUAUGACUCUCCUGGUUAUCCUUUUUAAAGCCAUGACAUAUCUUUUUAAAUCUUAUCCUUAUGAAACAGGUUAUUGUGUUUACAUCUACACCAUGCUAACUUAUGUAGACAUUUUUAAGGUUAUUGACCAAUGAAUAGUCUUCUUGGCUUAAUCAGCUGCUAAAUUGAUUAUUCAGUUUAAAUAAAGAUUUCUGAAAGCUCGGUA